UUUCGAUUGUGCCCAACGUACAUGCGCUCACACCACAUGCUCCUAAACACGAUGGUAGCUAGAUAACAACAUAUCAUUUAAGCUUAAUUAAUUUCCGAGCUUGACACCAGUCAAGAUGCCUUCCCUGCUUCUCGUCGUCUUUGUGCUGCAACUCAUCGUCCACAUUGUCAACUCCGUUGGUGCUGCAGCCGUCAACGAGCUGUUAUGGACUCUGUAUAACAAGCUGCCCAUAUCGUCGACGUCCUCGACCGUUGCAAAAGCAACAGCCCUUCGCCGCGAGGUGAUACGCCUAAAGCGGGAGCUCAACGCCACAUCUGCACAAGACGACUUUGCGAAGUGGGCGAAGCUGAGAAGGCAGUUUGACAAGGCCACGGCCGACCAUGACAAACUCGCUCAAUCCCUUCAAUCGACCAGAUCGGCCUUCGAUUCGCGGGUGGGCACCGCACGCUGGCUGCUCACGAGCGUGCUCCGUCUGUUCCUACAGUACUGGUAUGCGCGCACGGCCAUGUUCUGGAUACCCAAGGGAUGGGUGCCGUACUAUGCCGAAUGGAUAUUGAGCUGGCCGCGAGCGCCGAUCGGUUCGGUGAGCAUACAGAUGUGGUUCAUCGCUUGCGGAAGCGUCAUCUCGAUCGUGGGAGAAGCCGUCGGCGCCGCUUUCGCACUGUUGAUGGAGGCUUUGCAGAAGAACAGGCUGCAGAGGGCAAAGGCGAAGGUUGCUGCGGAGAAGAAGACCACAUGAGACGAUGCGGGCACGGUUCGCGAUCGCUUCUUUUAUCUUCCAUUCCUACAGACUUUCUCCGGCUGACGUGCUCGUCUCAUGAGUUCCGGUAUUCGCGGCCGGAAGCUUGGACUUCUCUCCCAUUCUCCCCCGCGUGAAGUGAAUUGAAAUGAAAGAAAAAAUGGGGGUUUACGGGAAGAGACGCGUUCCGGUUCGAACGUGCUACGUAGCCUAUAUAUUGAACAAUCGGCGCAAGUGUUUCCCACGUGCGGACCGGAUGGUGUACACCUCAGCUGGCAACUCGACAACGCUAGCCGACUGCUAAGCAUAAGCGUCCAGACUCUGAGCCGUCGCCAUGUCGAUACGAGAUAACGGGCCGCCUCUCGCGCAAGGCUACAAAACGCAUGUUCGAACCGAACCGAGUACAGAGACCGCCCGUAUCAACGGUUGGGGGGGGACCAACUUUUUUGCCUUCUUCCGGGGAAGGUCAUUGUCCU